UGAAAACAGAACAGCUUUAUUGGGCCCGCUAAGUUACCGGGACUUUCGAGAAACGGGUCCCGGGAAAGUAGCUAACUUGAUGUCAUCAGGAAUACUAUUCCACAAAAUGGUAAUUCUGUUAGAGAAAAAAUCACGGAAAAGUGAGGUGCGAGUUCUGUUUGUUCUAAGAUAACUAGUUCAGAGCUUGCUCGGCGAGAGCACCCCCUUAGAAAGGAAAAAUAUUUAUCAAAGUGUCGUGUAAAAAUUUUAAACAAACGCCUUGUCCUAUGACUUAAACACGAAUUCUCUGAAGUGAUGACUAAAUAUUCUCUUUAGGCUACUCCUGAGAACUUGGCUCUAAAUUGAGACCACGUCAUCCACACGAUAAUCAUCUUCAUUUGUUUCUAAAGAUAAUUGAAAUGCUUAUUAUUGAUUGACUCCUAGAAGGCAUUAGGGGUUAACCUGUAGUUUAUCUAUGUUCAUGGCGUGUUUAGUUUGGACGCGUUAAAGAUAUGAGGAGACUUCAUAUUAAUGUCACAGAAAUGCCGAUUGUUUACGUAAAUAAUCGUAUCAGUUGAUGAACCCAUAUCAUUGCGAACUUGUCAUUGGAACACGUGGAGUUUAUCAACUGUUAAUUUUGGGAAGCUCGCACAAAGCGCACUCGGACAAAGAAAUUAUACAGAAUAUAUAACCGAGAGUUUGUACAGAAUUAUACAGAAAUUAUACAGAAUAUACAGCCUUCAAAGGAUGGAAAGUUCUCCAAAAUUGUCAAUACAACUCCUUUUAAUAAAUAUCGCGAAGGGCGAGAGCGAUUGAGAGAAGUUUAAAUCAAUUCCAUUCUGCAUUUUUCAAAUGUAGAACUGUUUAAGAACUACUAAACGACCAUUGUUUUUGUGGCAAAACAGAGCCAAAUAGUUUGAAAACAAAUUAGUAUAUUGAUCAAUCAAUACACGGGAAAAGUUUCAAACAAAUUCAAGUUUACUUCCAAGUCUCUCACUUCAUAAAUUGGGAAAAAUACUAAGCUACACUUAAGAGAAAUGAUACUGUUUCAGCUCAGUUUGUGUUUCAAUAAAAGUUGAAAGUAAAUGAAGUAAUCAAAUGACUCGAAUUCGUGCUAUAUUACAUCAAUUGCUGGGCCAAGAAAAAGUAGCAAAUCAUACAUCCGCAGCGAAUGUAAUUUUAGCAAAGCUUUAUUUCUAAUUGCGUUCUUUUAUGCAAUUAAUUCCGCCCGCUUAAAAUCAUAUUAAAGCUUCAAAUAGAUGUGAUCUCGAGAUCUGUGAUCCACAGAGCCCAUUCAAUGUCAGAAUCUACAUCAAUUUGGUUGAUUGACACCGCUACAAAAAGCUUUGUGGCGGAGCACGCGCAUCGCGGUAAGCGUGUGCACGCAUUGUUAUGUAAAAACCACCUCAUACACGCGUGCUGUAAAGAAAAGUCAUAGAAAGAUGAGUUACAGGCAACAAUAGGCGAGGAGCCAGUGAGAGGCGAAGGAACCAGCAACUAGAACCGGGAAGAAAAGAAAGCAUCUGUGAAGCGGAGCAUUUGUGCAGCAAAAAAUAUGACAAAAGAAGAAAACAACGAAAGCGAUCAGCUUGUUCCCACAAGUAAGGAAGUCAAUGCAGCAGAUACCUCAAGAUAUCGGAAAUGGGCUCAGCUGGAUCGAAGUAGACGGUUGAAAGCAAGCGCCAGAGAACGAAAACGGCGACAUGUUUUGAACAAUGCUUUAGAACUGUUACGGAAGAAGGUCCCAUGUGUUGAUCAAAACCCACAGAAACUUUCCAAAAUUGAAGUGCUACGAAUGGCUAUCGACUACAUAGCUAUGUUAAGUUGCUACUUGAAAGGCUCGCAGUCUGCUGCGAUGUUAGCGGGGCAGCUUCCACAAGUGGAAGUAGCAGCAGCCAUUACGCCAAAUCGAAGCGGAACUCCUAGCGUCCUAAUGCACGACCAAGCAGUUACCAUUGUCGUUCCCAAAACCCUGGAUCAAUUUCAGAUGGGGGAUCACUAUGGUAUUAAAAGCUCAGAGCUGGACGUAUACCUGAAAGGAUUCCAAGACUUUGCUCACGAUUAAUCAAAAUUAGAGAACUUUCUAUCUGUGUAAAAAAAAAACAAAAUUGUAGAUACCCUUAAGUUUUCAUCUCUUUUUCUAUGAAAAAAAAAAAAGAAGCAAAAGUUGAUUGCAAUUUUUAAAUUCUUUUAUACUACUGCAUUCAUUUGACUCUAAGUAAAAUGCAACAGCUUGUAUUAAUGAAAGUAUCUGUAUUAUUCUGUACAGCUGUACCCGUGUCAAUA